CUCAGUUAAAAUUAUGUCAGAAAUGUGAAGUUAUUGUUUUUUUUUAAAUUUAUUCUUCUUUGAAACAGAUAUAUAGGAAAGUCAAUUUUCUGUGCAAACAUAGCAAAUGCUAUUUACAUUCCACAAAAAAUCAUAAUUAACAAUUUAAACCACAUGUUAAUUGUUGAAAAUGUUAAAGUUUGGCUCCCGAGGUGACAGUAAUAUUGUUUAUAAAUGUACAGUGAGAUUACUAGAAGACACAGAGAUACUAGAAUGCGAGUAUAAGCCACAUCAUAAGGGGAAGUACUUAUUAGAAUAUGUAUGCCAGCAGCUUAACCUUAUUGAGUAUGAUUAUUUGGGGCUUCGGUUUGUGGAUCUUCAUGAUCAGAGACACUGGCUAGAUUUAGGCAAGUCCAUUUUUAAGCAAGUGAAAGAUUUGGAUCCAGUACUAUUCAGCUUCAGAGUGAAGUUUUAUCCUCCAGAUCCAUUUAGAUUGAAAGACGAGAUAACACGUUACCAAAUCUUUCUUCAGCUUAAAAGGGACUUGCUGCUUGGAAGGUUGUACUGCGUUCCAAAUGAAGCUGCUAUGCUAGCUGCCUUCAUAUUACAAUCAGAACUGGGGGACUAUGACCCUGAGAUUCACCUGGGAAACUAUGCUUCCAAUUUCAAAAUGCUUAUCAAGCAGACUGAUCCAAUAGAGGAUAAAGCAAUGGAUAUACAUCAGAAGCAGUUGAAAGGACAGACACAGUCCCAAGUGGAAAAUGCUUUUUUGAAGCUUGCUUGCCAAUUGGACACCUAUGGAGUUGAUCCACAUUCUGUGAAGGACCACAAGAGUAGCCAACUUUACUUAGGUAUUAAUUAUAGCGGGAUUUUGACCAUACAAGGAUGUAAGAAAACACACCACUUUCGGUGGGCUGACAUACAGAAAAUCAAUUAUGAAGGAAAAAUGUUUAUAGUGCAUUUGAAUUAUAAUGAUAAAAAACAUACAGUUGGAUUUAAAUGUCCAACUGGUGCUGCUUGCAGGCAUGUAUGGCGCUGUGCUAUUGAACAAAUGUUAUUUUUUACAUUACCUACUAGCUCUGAUGCUCCCACCGUCACCGGCGGUGGAUUUUUCUCUUGGGGUACGAAAUUCAAGUACACAGGAAGGACGGAGAAGGAAAUAUUAGAAGACAGUGGCUCUCCAAACAAGGACGACUCCAACAACCAGUGUACCGGCAACAUUAAGAGAAAAGCCUCAAGUGUACCUGCAACUCCAUCGACUCCUCUGCAGCCGCAUUUAGGUUACAAUAAUUUAACGAGAUCAAGCCAUUCAGAUGCUGGUGGUUCUCGGAUGGAACCGUGUAGUAGCACUGGCCUCUGUUCAGGAUUAGAUGGGCCAGCAAACCAAGUAUAUACCGAUGUUUCAGGAUUAGAAACGGUUUCCGAAGACCAGGAGGGCAUGGGGAUGGCGAAGCUACGCACGACAGUUCUGAAGGAUGAUUCAAUGGAUAGAUUUAGUGACUAUUACUUCCGUGAUUCUUUUGAACAUUCGUCAUCCGAAUCGCAGUUAAACCUAAAUAGCUACAGGAGCUAUGAAGCAACGAACCCAUCGCAUCGUUCGAGCAGAAGUCAAACUCCGCUCUCGCAUUCCCAAGUGGAUGGUCGGAUCUGUCUCUCUAAUGUUGCAUCAGCGAACGUUGCGCAACCCAAGCAGCCGAACCCGAAGUGUCGUAAGUUCAACGUCGUUAAAGCAUUCGUACCUUCCUUCGCGAUAGUCACCGUUUUUCUACUCAUCUCCACUAUCGUUCUUCUUGAAACCGACAGCGAGUUCUUCACGACCAUCAGAAAUUUACCGGAAAUCAACUCGCUAAGGUAUCAAGUCUACGAGCCACUCAAACAGUAUUUAAGACAAAUCCUCUCGAAUAUAUUUUCGUAAUCUCAAAUUCACUCUCUAUGCCAAAAUAUGUACAUAAUAGUAAGAAAAAAAACGAUUACGAAGCAAAUGUUAAUACGAAAAGAAGCUCCAAAACAAGUACAAACAAACGAGUAAUAACAUUUACCGGAUGUGCAACAUUCUAAUUACUAAGUAACUACCAUUUCGAUUAAAAAAUUAAAUUGAACGUGGCUUUAAAUUGAAUCUCGCUACGUUCCAAAUUCACAAUAUACUUUCGUUAGGGUUUUCAUUUAGUACACAGCUGUGGGGAUUGCAAUACCGAAUAAAAUUGCAUUUAAUAUAUUCACUAAUAUUUAUAUUUUAAUACUGCGAAUGCGAAAUAUUUAACCUUAACUCCAGCGACUUCCAAUUUCUUACGUCCUCUAUAUAGUAAUUUCAGCAAUAAUCAUUUUUCUGAUGAAAUAUAUUUCCUGUUGUGUAAUCCCGAUAUAACGUAACUUUUCUUCAGAUUUUUCCGGUAUGGCAAUCGCUGCACAGAAGGGAACAAAACUAGUACAUAUAUUGGUGAAAAUGUAAUAAUAAUAACGAAACAAUCCAUUUUCUAUCGCUCCUCUUUCCUCUUACAAAUUUACUAGUUAAAAAUUGCAUGCAACUAACAAAAAAAAAUGCAUCCGCCAAAUUAGGUGAAUUGAAAAUAAUAUA